CCUAUCUAACAAAUACGGUAGAAGCUACCUCGCACAGCAUUAUCAUUUUUUCUUGCCGUCUCGUGGUUUAUUUACAAAAUCUUCAAUAUAUAAUUCAUUUAUCGGCUCGACUGUUAUAUAAAUAGACAGAUGUGAAAACAGACAAAAAAUCAAAAUAUCUCUUUGAUGGAUUCUUGUUGACAAAAUGUUGCGACUUCCGCGAAAAAUACCCCAAUUUUGCACACUCUACCGCUCCUGGGUGCACCAUCCGGUACGUGGGAGGCAGAGUGCAUGCUGGCUCUUCACAUCGACCGUAGCAUGCAGUGCAACAACACCCAAAACCUUUACAAUUGCAAAAUUCUCCGAUGAUGAGGUGAUCAAGAAGAACAGGCAGAAUGUCCACUUUCAGGAAAUCCACAAGGCCAUCAAGGGGCAUGAACUGAUUCAGGAUGUGCUGGAGAAGAAGAAGGAAAUUCUGCUGGAACGAAAGAAUGAAUUGGUGCAGGAUUUGCGGGAGAAACGCACGAAAGUGCGUGAGAAGAUGGAGGAGGUCAUCGAGAAGGAGAAUAUUAUGACGAUUCCCAAUCUCCUGUGCGUGAUGCGUGGUGCUAUGGCACCCUACUUGGGCUAUGUCAUCAUUCAGGGGGAUUUCACAUUUGCCAUAGGGCUCCUGGUGGCAGCUGGAGUCAGUGAUUUGCUGGAUGGAUACAUCGCUCGCAAUUGGCCAUCGCAGAUGAGCAAGGCUGGUAGCUUCCUUGAUCCAAUGGCUGAUAAGCUACUUAUGGGAUCUCUGGUCAUAUCCUUGACCUACUGCAACCUUCUGCCAAUUUGGCUCACUGCCACCAUCCUCUUCAGGGAUGUUUUCCUCAUAAGUGCUGGCUUUAUUAUUCGCUACAAAAGCCUUCCGCCUCCGAAAACCUUGUCAAGGUAUUUUGACGUAACACACGCCACUGCCCAACUUGCUCCAACAUUCAUCAGCAAAGUCAACACAGUUGUCCAGCUGAUUGCUGUGGCUACGAGUUUGGGGGCACCAGUUUGGAACUACGUUGAUCAUCCUCUCCUCCAUGGGCUGUGGUACGUGACUGGAGCAACGACAGUAGCUGCUGCCUUAAGCUACAUUAUGGCAAAGGAUACCUAUAAAAUCUUCCGGAAGCACACCGGAAAGCCGGGAAAGUGAAACGCAAGCACGUGCAAUGUUUCUUUUCUAGAUGUUGGUGGUGGCUUCCGCAUGGAAGUCCUGCUGUAAAUAUAUUCACACAUUUUCUACACAAA